GCGCGUGUUUAGAGCUGCCAGCUGGAUAAACAGUGUGAGAAGAGUGAGCAGUGAGAGUGGGAUGGGUGUUAACUUUUGAGCGAAGCAUUCAGCAAAAUGUCGCUCGAGGUUAACGUAAUAAGUGCAUCAAAUGUGCCAAAAGAGACUUUUGGAAAGAGUGAUCCAUAUGUCAAUAUAGAAUUUCAAGGUAUCAAAAAGAAAACUGAAGUGAUCAAAGAUGAAGAUAACCCUGUAUGGAACCAAAGCCUGGUGUUUGACCUCCAAGGCAAUGCCCUAUCACCAGGAGACCAGCUGGAGGUGCAGGUCAAAGACUGGGAGAAGAUUGGAAGAAACAGGCUCCUAGGUGCAGUAACAGUACCCUUGAAAGAUGUUCAGACGGGCAGUCAUGCAGUUGAGCUUGACCUACCUUUGCAAGAUGCUAAUAAGAGAACCUUGGCAGCCUCCAUUAAGCUGAAAAUUGUGUACAGUCCACCUAUACAGAAACAAACUGCUGCAACAGCGGAUGCUGCUCCAGAUGAAGUUGGUGGAGGUAUAGUCGAGGAUGGAGAAGAGGAUGAGGAUAUGGAAGGAGAUGAAGGUGAUGCUGCUGAUGGUGGUGAUGCUGCUGAUGGUGGAGGCGGGGUACCUGGUGCCCCUGGUGGGGGGAAGAAAAGGAAAAGAAAAAGGAAGAGGUAUAGAGGGAAGUUAUCCAACAAACCUCAGGAUUUCCAGGUGAGGAUCAGAGUGACAGAGGCCAGACAGUUACAAGGCUCUAACAUUCACCCCGUGGCACAAGUCAGUGUCUACAACCAGCUAAAACAGACCCAUGUGAAGAAGUCCACUAACUCCCCCUACUGGAAUGAGGUCUUCUUUUGCAACUUUCAUGCCUCACCUGCAGAGCUGUUUGAUGAGCUGGUUGAAUUCAAGGUAUUUAAUUCUAGAAAGCUGAGAUCAGAUGCCUUGCUUGGGUCCUUCAAGUUUGACAUUGGUAUGGUGUACGAGUCUCCAAAACAUGCCAUGUUGAACAAAUGGCUAUUGUUGACAGACCCAGAGGAUCCUAUGGGAGGAUCUAAAGGUUACCUCAAGAUGUCCAUCGUGGUCCUAGGCCCAGGGGACUCUGCUCCUGAUUUCAAGACCUCUGGAAAGGAUGAAGAGGAAGACAUUGAAGCAAACUUGUUGCGACCUGCAGGAGUGAAGCUGCGGCCAGGAACCUUCACAUUGAGACUGUACAGAGGAGAAGAUAUACCCAGGAUGGAUUCAGAUCUGAUGCAAGGAGUGAAGAAAUUACUCAGAAUUGGAGAAGAACAAAAAGAACUUGUUGACCCUUAUGUUAUCUUUUCUUUUGCUGGAAAAGAGGUAUCCUCCAAGACCUUAUACAACAAUGCUAAUCCAGAGUAUAACCAAGAGCUAAGACUUGGACUGAUGUUUCCAUCCAUGUGUGAGAGAGUUAAACUACAGGUGAUGGAUUGGGACAGAGUGUCAGAAGAUGAUGCCAUAGGGGCCUUUUUUCUUCCCUUAUCACUCAUUUCUUCCCCUGGAGAAAGUGAAACUUCAGAGGAACCCAGUGUUGGUUUUCUCCCAACAUUUGGGCCAUGUUUUAUCAACUUGUAUGGUUCCCCAAGAGAGUUCUCCGAAAUGCCUGAUGAGUACGAACACCUCAAUGAAGGAAAGGGAAAAGGCAGACAGGGUGAAGGAUGUGCCUACAGAGGCCGCCUCUUGAUAGAAAUGAAGACGACAGUUGGAGAAUUGCCAGAGGUUCCUGUGGAGGACUUGCCAAAUGAUGACGUGCUCCGUGUACAAAAAUACAUGAGGCGACGCAAGUUUAAAUUGCAUGUGGCUUUCCUGAGUGCAACCAUGAUCAAUGCCACAGAUGCCCCUGUAGAGUUUGAAGUCAGCAUUGGUAAUUAUGGGAACAAGCUAGAUGAGAGUGUCACCCCCUGCGCCUCCACCACUCAGCCUACCAACCCCAUAUUUGAUGGCAAUAGCUACUACUACCUCCCCUGGGGGGACACCAAGCCUUGUGUUGUGGUGGAUUCCCACUGGGAAGACAUAAGCUGGAGACUGGAGGCCCUCAACAUGCUCAAUAGAACAAUGAUGAGGCUGCAAUCUCAUGUGAAAAAGGUAGAAUUAUCCAUCAAGUCCAACUCCUCUCUGGAAGAGAGAGCUGAGCUGCUGAUAGCCCUGCUGGACCAGCUUAUUGCAGACUGCAGUCAACCCUUGCCCCAGCCAGAGCAAGGCAGACACAUACCAAAUGAACUGGACGUCCAUCUCCAAGAGCACCGUCUGGCCGAACUGGACUUUGUCAAGGCUGAGGCCUUAAAGUUAAGGGAGAAUGCCACUGAUGUGACAGAGGCUCUCCAAGAGGUUGAAGGACUUGCUUCUUGUCUGAAGAAUAUUGCAGUGGAGCCACAGAACAGUAUGCCAGAUGUGGUGUUUUGGAUGAUCUCUGGGGAGAAAAGGAUUGCUUUCUACAGGAUACCUGCCAACGAUGUCCUCUUCUCAGCAGAUGAAAACACAAUGGGGAAAGACUGUGGACAAAUAUCCACUCUUUUCUUGAGGUGGCCAUCUGAAAAGACAACAAAGACCACCAAGACAGACCUCCCUGGCGUGAUCAGAGCUAAAAUAUGGCUUGGCUUGGAGAAAGAUGAAAUGGAGUGGCAUAAAAUGCAAACAGCAGGGGAACUGGCAGUGUUUGCAGAGACUUAUGAAAAUCAAGUAGACAUGCCCAUUGUGGGAUGGACCAACAAAGGCCCUGCAUUGAGAAGACCAGCCUGGUCUGACAACACAGGAAAGUUAAAACUGAAAAAGGAGAAAUUUGUGCCACCCCCUGGUUGGCGCUGGGAGGGAGACUGGAAAAUCAGUCCAGAGCUGAGUCUCCAGUUUGACCGUGAUGCUGGUCACACUACUUUCCUGGAAGAUGUGUAUGAACAGCAGGCCAGAUAUCCUGGAGGAGCCUGGGGACCCUCAUCACAGAGGCCUUGGGCUGAUCUGAAAGGGGAUCCACUGUCCUCCCUGGAGGAGUUCCCUCUACCUGAGGGUUGGAAGUGGGAUGAUGCUUGGCAGGCUGACCUCAAUAGAGCUGUGGAUGAAGAGGGCUGGGAGUAUUGUGUGGAGGCAACACUGGGCAGCUAUGGGCCUGUGGAGAAGACAUUUCACCUGUGUAGGAGAAAGAGAUGGGUGAGACAGAGAACUCUGGUGGCAGAUAUGAAAAAACUGGCAGAAAAGGAAAAGCAGCAAAAGGAGGUGCUGGAAGGCUGGGAGUAUGCUCCAUUGUUUGGCAUGAAGUUCCACCUGAAGGAGAGAAAGAUGGACAUGGUCAGGAGGAGAAGAUGGCACAGGAAGAUGGUGGCAGAGACCAAGGGAGCAAGUUGUUUCUUUGCCAUUCAAGAUGAUGAAGACAAGGACAAAGAGAAAUAUUCAACAGCAUUAGCUGUGCCAAGGAUGUACUUGACUUUCAAGACUGUUCAGAAGUAUCAGUUAAGAGCCUAUUUGUAUCAAGCCCGGGACUUACUUGCAGCAGACGACUCUGGUGUCUCAGACCCCUAUGCUGUAGUCUCUUUCCACACACAAAGUCAGACAACAGAGAAAUUGAAGAAAACACUGUGCCCAACCUGGGAUCAGACCCUGCUAUUUGAGGAAAUAGAAAUUCAUGGUGAUCCUCUCCUCAUAGAGCGCCAGCCACCAGAGAUCAUCAUUGAGUUCUUUGAUCACGAUGUGGUGGGCAACCCAGACUACCUGGGACGUGCAAUAAGUGUCCCGGUCGUCUUCCUGGAUCCUUCUCAGUACAAGCCCACCAGACUGAACUGGGUCCCCAUUAACAGAGGAAACAAGAGUGGAGGAGAACUACUGGCAGCAUUUGAACUGUUUGCUAUGACGGACAGAAAGGACUUGCCAUUCUACCCACCCAAGAAAGGAGACAACUUUAUUGUCCCCAGUGGCAUCAGGCCAGUAAUGCAGAGGACAGCUAUUGAGGUUCUAUGCUGGGGUGUUAGAAAUCUGAAGAAGUACCAGUUGUCCAGCAUCAAUUCACCAGCUAUAGAGUUUGAAUGUGGAGAACAUCUGCAGACCACCAAAGUGAUGAGAAGCGCCAAGAAGAACCCAAAUUUUGCUGAGCCUCUCUUGUUUUUUGAUGUGAUGUUACCUAAGGAUGAGCUUUACAUGCCUCCUAUGAACAUCAAGGUACGAGAUCACCGUGAAUUUGGUCGUAGACCCGUGGUGGGCAGAUAUUCCAUCUCGUCCCUGAAGGAGUACCGCUGCGACCCCACCGAGUCUCAGAGUUUGUUGGAAACAAUGGGGAAUGGGCCUGGAACACCUACACCCAGUACCAGCAGAGUUAUGGGUACGUUGGAUUUGGCCCAGUCUCGUAUGGCAGAACUGUCGGGUAAAUUCCGAGGAUUAACGGGCAUAGGAUCUCCCAGCACCAGUACUGAGACUGAUCACUUGGUCAAAGACCUUGACCUUGAAACUAGUAGUACUGGGAAAUCUGAACAGGAAACUGACAUGCUUAUGGCCAGUAGCCCUCAGUCAGCCAAGACGGACGCAGUGGUGAUAGAAAUGCCUCAGGAAGAAACUGGAGAAGUAGCUAAAGUAACUAAGGGUAAAAAGAUGCCAAAACUAGCCGACUUGAAAAUUCCCAAAUUACCUGAUUUUAGUCUUAAUAUCUUCAAAAGUCAGGAAGAGCCAACUGAGAGUAUUCUAGAAGAAAUAGACUGGUGGUCCAAAUACUAUGCCUCCAUAGGGGACAUGGACAAGUGCAGGGCCUAUGUGGAGAAAGGAUAUGACUUACUGGAGGUAUGUCCUGGUGAGCUGGAGAAGACCAGUGGAUACAAUGAGUUCAAAGACUUCUGUGAAACCUUCACUAUCACAAAAGGAAGCAAUGAUGAUGAAGAUGAAGAGCUGGAUGAUGUUGGGGAGCUGAAGGCCACAUUCAGGGUGUACCCACUCCCAGGGGACUACAAUGCCCCUGUACCAAAUAAGCUCCUGAACUGGCUCCCACCCAGUAACCCAGAACCUUGUGUUGUCAGGAUCUAUGUGAUCAAAGCACUGGACUUACAGCCUAAUGAUCCCAGUGGACUGGCUGACCCCUAUGUCAGCAUACGCCUUGGCAAGAACUCUGUAAACAAUAGGGAUGAUUAUGUCCCAAAUUCUAUCAACCCUGUAUUUGGAAAAAUGUUCGAGCUUGAGGCCACACUCCCCAUGGAGAAAGACCUGAGAAUCAGGGUCAAGGACUAUGACUUGCUGAGCUCAGAUGACUUGAUUGGAGAAACCCUGAUAGAUCUAGAGAACAGGAUGCUCACCAAGCAUAGAGCUUUAUGUGGCUUGCCUAAAUCUUACUGCAUAUCUGGGGCCACACAGUGGAGAGAUACUAAGAAGCCUCAGGAUAUCCUUGACGAACACUGCAAGCGCAACAAUCUGGCAGAACCAGUCUUUGUCACAGAUGACUCGGUUAGAAUUGGGAGUAAGCUCUUCAACCUCAUAGACUUUGAAGGGGGACGCACAUUCAAUGAACACUAUGGACCAAAAGAGCAGAGGCUUGCUCUCCAUGUCCUCAACACAUUUAAUUUGGUGCCUGAGCACGUGGAGUCACGGCCACUGUACAACCCACUGCAGCCUGGUAUUGAACAGGGCAAGCUCCAAAUGUGGGUGGACAUCUUCCCCAAGAGCAUUGGUCCCCCAGGACCUCCUGUGGACAUUGUGCCCAGGAAACCUAAGAAGUUUGUCCUGCGUGUUAUCAUCUGGAACACCAAAGACGUGAAGCUGGAUGAGGAAUCCAUCACAGGGGAGCAGAUGAGUGAUAUCUAUGUCAAGGGAUGGCUGGCAGGGGAGGAUGAGAAACAGAGGACAGAUGUGCAUUAUAGAUCACUGGAUGGUGAAGGGAACUUCAACUGGAGGUUUAUAUUUCCACUGGAAUACCUACCUGCUGAACAGGCCAUGGUGCUCAGGCAGAAGGAACACUUUUGGAGUCUGGACAAGACUGAGAAGCAUGUGCCCCCAAAGCUGAUGAUCCAGAUAUGGGAUAAUGACAAAUUUUCUGCAGAUGAUUUCCUGGGCACUCUAGAGCUAGAUCUGAACCGAAUGCCCAAACCCACCAAGAGGUCUGGCUCCUGUUCACUGGAUCAGCUGAUUAGUGCCCCAACCAUGUCACUGUUUGAGGCAAAGAGGGCCUAUGGGUACUGGCCUUGUUAUGACACCACACCAGACGGGAAGAGGGAGCUUACUGGCAAGGUAGAGAUGGAGGUGGAAAUCGUCACAGAGGAAGAAGCCGACUUGAAGCCUGCUGGGAAGGGACAAGAUGAGCCCAAUAUGAAUCCUCAUUUGGAUCCACCAAAUCGCCCAGAGACCUCAUUCUUGUGGUUUGCCUCACCGUGGAAGACACUCCGCUACAUUGUGUGGAGGAACUACAAGUGGUACAUCAUUGGCGGACUGUUGCUGAUCUUGUUACUUGUGCUGGUUAUUCUGUUCAUCUAUUCAAUCCCAGGUGUAUCUGUAGAAAAGAUCUUCGGGGUGAAUGCCUAACUUAGAGAGAGAGAA